GUUGAGUCGCGUUGAGUCUCGUUUCGGGUUCGGACUCAGAUUCGCGUUGGCUUCGCAUUCGGUUUGUUAUUUUUUGGCAUUUUGUUCGAUUUUUCGUGCCGACAUCUAAUAAAAAAGCUGUACAUCGCGAACGUACAUGUGCGGAGAGCGCUACCGUCGAGAACUUGUGAGGCAGCCAUCAAAAAUAACUAAAAAUGUAGUCGGCGAGAGACACAAACCGAAAUAAAACGCAAAAGUGCACCGAAAACAAUCGCCAGGCGGGCAAAGUGUUGAAUAAACAACGCAUAAUUAACCUGGCUGCCACACAUCGCGUCGUAUACGCAACGUCGACCCAGCGGAUAGAGGAAGCAGCCGUUGGAAGAGCAAAGGGACGAGCAGAAAAGUACAAAUAAUAAAAGCGCCUAAUAAAAAGUGGACAUGUCCUUUGGAAUUACAGCAAAUAACACUUGGCUGAAUCAGUAGCUGUUUCGCGAUCGUCUGCAGUUUGCUUUUUGCUACAUUGCAACCGCAUCAGCGUAUCUGUGUGUAUCUGCCACGCCGCUGCACUGGUAGAGGUAUUUUUGCGAAUUUCGGCUCGUCUCGGGGGUGUCUGUGUGAGCACGUGCAUCUGUGUGCGCUGAGAACUGCGCCUGUGUUCGCGGCCCAUUGCAAUUGCAAUUUUUCGCCCCUACCUCCUCCAGCUGCCCCGUUCGGAGCUUCGACAAGUCGUGCCAUUGCCUGCCGCAAUCAGCAUUUUGAGAUGAACCAAAUGAAAUCGCAUCAAUUAAAACAUCUUUGAAACCCAUUUUAAACCAACAAAAAAAGUAUAAAAUUUAAUUUCAACUAAAAAAGAAAACGUAACAAGUUCCGGGAAAACGGAACUACAAAAAAAAACGUUUUUAAACCAAAAUAAAUAAAUGAGGCACUUAAGAAGAAAGGAAUUUAAAAUUUGAUCAAUAUGAAGAGAAACAAAUAACCAGCAGAAACCACAGUGGCGAUUAGCCCAGCACAGCUAAGAAAGUCAAGAGAACCCGCGAAAAUGUGCACCAGAAGUCAGUAGAGCAGGCACUUCGACCAAAUCGAAAGCGACGACGAAAGCGAGCCACCGGCAAAGUCAAGUGCUACCGCUACCCAAACAAAAAACAACAGCCAGUACCUACAAGGAACCAAUUGAGCAGAGCAUCCGAAGCAAUGGCCAUUAACUUUUCGGCCUCCUUUGCGGCCUGCAUAGCAGCCGGACUGAAGGUGCCGCGCCAGAUCAUGUACUGCAUCACCCAGGACACGGGCCAGCCGUACGUGCUCUACAAGGACUCGCAGGACGCGGAGCGCAACCCCGGUGCCAUUGGCGCCAGUCCCGCCCAGUGGGGCGGCGACAUGUACCCCAACAUCCAGCAGCAGGCCCAGCAGCACCUCACCGCCCAGCAGCAGCAACAGCAGCAGCAACAGCAGCAGCAGAACGCGGCCCAGGCGGCUGCCCAGGCGGCAGCAGUAGCGGCGGCAGCGGGACAGCCGCAGAGUCCUCCGGGCGGCGGUCAGGAGCCCCGGGACAACGGCAGCGGCGACGGCCGGCAGCAGCAGGUGUCGCCCUCGUCGAGUCCGUAUCCAUCCGUAUCGGUGCAGCAACAGCAGCAGCAGCAGCAGCAGCGGGCGAACGGGGCCGGCGACGAGGAUCCAAUGAGUCAGCUGGCCAACCAGCAGAACUCAGCGGCCAACCAAAACCAAAGCAGCAAUGACCCCCAGCACUCGGGCUCCAAUGCGGGCGAGCCGGGCAACCCGCACGUUCAGCAGAACGGUGGACCCCAACCAGAUCCCGGCAACGGGUUCCAGACGCCGGACUACUACGCUCCCCGCCAUGCGGCACCGCAAGGAGGCAUGCUGGCGCCGCCCGGCUUCCCGCCGCUCCACUACCUCAACAAGGGCGUGCUGCCCAUGGAGCAGUCCGGCGGAGGCGGAGGAGGUGGGGGCGGCGCCGGUGGCGGCGAAGCGUACGCGUUGCCCGAGCUGCUGCCCGCCCAGCAGAAUGGCCAGCAGAACGCCGGACAGGCGAAUGCCAAUGCCACUGAAGGCGGUGCGGGGGCCAACGGCGGCGGAGGAGCGGGCGGUGCGUCGGGGGCGGGCGUGGGUCCUGUGGGCGUGGCGGCGGGCGGCGGAAGGACGGGCAACGGUCCGGGACGCCCGCACAAGAACAAGCCGCACAGCGAUCUGCGGCUGUUCAAGUGCCUCACCUGCGGCAAGGACUUCAAGCAGAAGAGCACGUUGCUGCAACACGACCGCAUCCACACGGACGCUCGCCCCUUCCCGUGCUCCGAGUGCGGCAAGCGCUUCCGCCAGCAGUCGCACCUCACGCAGCACCUGCGCAUCCACGCCAACGAAAAGCCCUUCACGUGCCCGUACUGCUCGCGCAGUUUCCGGCAGCGCGCCAUUCUCAACCAGCACAUACGCAUCCAUUCGGGUGAGAAGCCCUUCGCCUGCCCCGAGUGCGGCAAGCACUUUCGCCAGAAGGCCAUCCUCAAUCAGCAUGUGCGCACCCACCAAGACGUCUCGCCACACCUCAUCUUCAAGAACGGGCCGCACCCGACCCUGUGGCCCUCGGACGUGCCCUUUCCCGGCGAGGACAACGACACCAAGGGGGACAUUGCCGGCACGGGCGGCGGCUACCACGACGAGGACUCGCAGGGAACGCCGGACGGCAGCGGCGGCAUGCACUACCCCUCGUACUUCAAGGACGGCAAGGAUCCUCGCACAGGCCAAAAGAUUCUGCCCGAGGUGCUGCAGCACAUCGGCGUGCGGCCGGCGAACAUGCCGCUCUACGUGCGCUGCCCCAUCUGCGACAAGGAGUUCAAGCAGAAGACAACACUGCUGCAGCACGGCUGCAUCCACAUCGAGUCGCGGCCGUAUCCCUGCCCGGAGUGCGGCAAGCGCUUCCGCCAGCAGUCGCACCUCACGCAGCACCUGCGCAUCCACACCAACGAGAAGCCCUUCGGCUGCAUGUACUGCCCGCGCUUCUUCCGCCAGCGGACCAUCCUCAACCAGCACUUGCGCAUCCACACCGGCGAGAAGCCGUACAAGUGCGGCCAGUGCGGCAAGGACUUCCGGCAGAAGGCCAUUCUGGAUCAGCACACGCGCACCCACCAGGUAGGAGAUCGCCCCUUCUGCUGUCCGAUGCCGAACUGCCGUCGCCGCUUCGCCACAGAGAACGAGGUCACUAAGCACAUUGACAACCACAUGAACCCCAACACCACCAAGGUGCGCCGUCAGCAGCAGCAGCAACACCAGCAGCAGCAGCAGCAACAGCAGCAACAGCAGCAGCAGCAGCAACAGCAACAGCAGAACAACAACACCGUCGCCCAGGUGGCUUCGGUGGCCAAUCACCUGAUGAACGACGCCAAGAAUUUGGCGGCCCAGCAGUUCCUCAACAACAACAACCCGUCGACGGUGGACAACAAGGCCAACAUCCUGCCGGUGCGCAGUAUAGCGUCCAAUGCGGCGGCCGCCGCCGUCGUCCAGCAGUCGGUUGUGAAGAACGAGCUCUACUUCCCCCAGUGCUAUGGACCGCCGUUCCAGCAUCCCUUCCAGACGCAGCAGCAGCAGCAGGCCCAGCAGCCCAGCGUGGCCCACGGAGGUCCCACUCCGCCGGUGACCGUGACGGUGGCCAACUCGGUGGCCUCCGGCGUGGUAGUGCAGCAGAACGCCUCCGCCUCUGUGGUGGCCCAGUGACAUCCCACCACUGGAGCAACCGGGGCACAGCAACAGCAACAGCAGCAGCAGCCGUCAGCGGCGCAGCAGCAACAUCACCCGCCGCCGCCUCCAGCGCCCACGUCGUCCGCCCAUCACAUUGCAGCCGCGGCUGCUGCUGCUGCUGCUGCUGUCACCGCGGCCACGCCCUCAUCCGCCCACGCCUCGCCAGUGGCGGCGCCGCAGACGGUGACGCUGUCGAUCACGCUGCCGCCGCCGCCGGCCACCCACACUGUCCAUCCGGGUCAUCCGGGUCAUCCGGGACAUCCGGGACAUCCGGGGCAUCCGGGCGUGGCGAAUGGAGCUGCGCCACCGCCGCCACCAACUCUGUCACACGCUAUUCCCAUUCAUCCACACAUACACUCGAUAUUCGGAUCUCUAUGAUGUCAUCAGUAGGAGAGACAGGAGCAGGAGCAAGAGCAGGAGGCAGGAACUCAAAGUUGAGAGGACAACACACACUAUUCACCAUAUUGAUAGGUUCGAUUAGUUCUUUAGUAUUAGAUGCAAACAAAUUCUCCUAGUUUUUAAAACUAAACUUGAGACCACAAAACACAGUUUUGGUAAUGGCAAACAAACGAACGAACCGAGAGGCGCUGAGCAGAGGAGUCGCAACCACGCAAACAGGACGAUUACUAGUCUUUUUAAAAAAGGACUCUAAACUCCUUUGAUACAAACCAUAAACAUGAAAUGCAAAUGGUCAAUGUUUAAGAGAAGCAACGAGCGGAAAGAGAGAGAGAGAGAGAGCCAAAACACAGCGUUAUACGAUUCCUUUUUGAUAAUUUGUUUAAGCACCCCAAACACUUUAAAUUCAAAGACUACAAAUACAUCAAAUAUUUAUAUACACACAGAAACACAACGGACACUCAAGGAAAGCAAAGUUCGUCCGUCUUGAUUUUUGAUACAAUCGACCGAGGAUUUACGACCCAGACCUAAAAUAAUUAGGAUUCUCAGAUAAAGUGGGUAUCGAUAUGUGACGUGAUAGAUAGGGCAGCUAAAAUCGGUUUGGGUGAAGGAUAAAAGGACCGAAAGCAUUAAGGGGAAACGCAGACGUUGGCGCUGAGCAAAUUGUUUUUUGAAGCAGCAUCUAAGUUUUAGUUCUGUUUUGGAGUUUUUGUUUAAUGAAUACGGUUGAUUGGCUUUGCUGGGUAGCUUUGCUAGCUUGGCUAAGCCAAGGGGACUUGCCGUGCCCACCAAACUUUUAUUAUAAAUUUAUUUUUUCAUUUCAAUUGAUAUGUGAUUUUUUAAAGUUUAUAAAAUAAUACUGGAAUGCAAUUUAAAGAUACGAAAAAUCAACAAUAAGUUAUAAAACCAUAAGUACUUUAAACUAGGAUUCAUUUGUUGUCUUCCCCAACUAAUUAUGUGUAAUUUAUGUUGAGUUUUUAUUUAGUAAUUAGGCAUACGUUUAACCCAAAUAUGUCCACACAAUUGCAUACACACACACACACACAGGGCAGACACAAGAAAUGAGCUGUAACAUCAUGUUUAUAUAGCAGGCAAUUCAAAUGUGACUCUUCAGGUGCCAUACAAAUGAACAAUAGUCAAAAGAUAAAGGAUAAAGGAUAAACACGUAUCAAUCGUUCAACUUAUACUCAAUCUGAUCCACAUCCACCAUAUAAAGAACCCCCGACCCCAAAUACGUUCUUCCCCUGCCAACUGUGUGGAUAUAACCAACAAACUUAGUUUCUUAUCAAAUUUUCCAAUGUACCGUCAAAGCAUUUAUGAUUGUUAUUAAUAUUUUAGCAUAUGUUUCCUACAUAUUUAUAUGUAAAAGUAUACAUAUUUUGUGUAUGUAUAUGUAAAGAAAAAUCGCGAAAGAGCAGAAAUUAACAUUAGUUUAGCGGUUUCACUUUAUCAAGUAUCUACUCAUUAUUUAAAAGAACGUAGUAAUUAGUCAAUUAAGUUUCUAUUGGAAUCAAAGCAAGUGCUCCGAAUACUAUUUGUUUUCACUGUUUUAAACUUAAUCAUUAUCAAUUAUGUUUGGAUAUAUUAUUUAAUUAUCUCAAUAAAACAAUUAUAUAUUUUAUCUGA